AUGGUGUAUGACGUCUCAAGCUUCAAGUCUAGUCAUCGUUACGUGAUCGAUCGUAUCGCGCUUGUGCUGAUUCGACGAUGUUUACCUAGAAAUAUACGCCCGUCCUUGGACAGUCACGGCUCACCGAUUCGCUCCUCAUAUGACUACAAUGGCUUAGCGGGUUAUACCACUGACCGAAGGUCGAUAGCUUCAAGGGCAAUACUCGUGGAUCGACAUCCGGAUUCCGGACUCAUGUGGAUUCUAGCUCAGCGGACUCGUGGAUCGACAUCCGAACUCAUGCGGAUUGGCAUCCACGCUCGUGGAUCGACAUCCGGAUUCCGGACUCAUGUGGAUUCUAGCUCAGCGGUACAGUACGACUUUGGACGUGACAUGAACUUGUCUUCAAAAAUCAAGACGCCUCAUAUACUUGUACCAGGAUUUGUACCCAGACUCGUGGAUCGACAUCCGAACUCAUGCGGAUUGGCAUCCACGCUCGUGGAUCGACAUCCGGAUUCCGGACUCAUGUGGAUUCUAGCUCAGCGGUACGACUUUGGACGUGACAUGAACUUGUCUUCAAAAAUCAAGACGCCUCAUAUACUUGUACCAGGAUUUGUAUCCACGCUCGUGGAUCGACAUCCGAACUCAUGCGGAUUGGCAUCCACGCUCGUGGAUCGACAUCCGGAUUCCGGACUCAUGUGGAUUCUAGCUCAGCGGUACGACUUUGGACGUGACAUGAACUUGUCUUCAAAAAUCAAGACGCCUCAUAUACUUGUACCAGGUCUGUAUUUCUGGCGAUGA